CUCCGGAGGAAGAGUUGCUACGGUGGCUGGCUAGCCAACGAUGCUAUUAAAAGACUAUCUACGGGGCUCUGGUGCCUGCUGCCCACACUCAAAGCAGCUAGCGCUUUGGUAGAUAAAGUAGUUUGUGAAAGGGACUGGGCGUUUUCGCCGCACGGCUCCCGGUAGAUAAGAGAUUUACGAUCCUUAAUCGUCGGCACGAAGCUCGCUGGCUAGCCGUCUAGUUGAGGCUGGCGUCACGGUUUCUCCCGUGGAGGAAGGAAGGAAGGAAGGAAGGUAGGAACUAACGAAAGGACAGGGAGACUGCGCACUACCGGGCCACGAAUCGGUCCUGUUCUCGGGAGGUUUCUUAAAAGAGUGUAUUUUGGUAAAGUAUGCGAUAGUUAGACACACUCUUGGCUUCUGUUGACUAAGUGACAUGCAGUUAUAGGUUUGAUGUCUGAAGCUAAGAUAGGUGACGAGUCGGCCUAGCUGGAGUAGAUUAGCUAGUUAGGUCAGCUACUUCUUUCUCAGAUUUUUGGUUAGGUGGGUAGCUGUCUUUACAUGUUUGGGGUAUUUUGGCUUUAAUUGCUACCCGCGGGAUUCAUUUUACGUUGACUGUCUGGCUCCCAUGGCUGCAGAUCUGAAUGGGAGUAAAAGGGGCUUAAAACAGACUGGCGCAACCAACAAGAUUAUGAACAAAAGUAGCCCCGAAUCAGACACACCCAGGACAUCUGAAGCACUUGAAAACACGUCGACAAGUUGCGUCUCGUCAUCGGAUGAAGUGUUGGAGGACUGUGCGCCCGGUGCUGCAGCGAUCUCAGCGGAGAAGGGCGAUGGGGCUACCCCGCACAGCCCGGCCCAAACGGGAGGUCCGAAACAGGAAACCCCAGACAAUAGACAAAAACACGGACCCGCACGGACGAGAAGCAGAAAUCCCGCUAAAACACCACAGAGGGCAUCGCUAGAACAUAAUGAAAGUUUUGAGCGACAGGAAUCAGUCACCACUACAGAAGCUCGUCUGAGGAUGGAAGGGGUGGAGCUCAAAGAAGAGUGGCAAGAUGAGGACUUCCCCAGACCUUUGCCAGAAGAAGGAGACAUUCAUCUUGAUGACGAUCUCUUCACUGGUACCUCUGCAGAGGGAGAUUCAGCUCCACAGUCAUAUGGAUCAAGUCGUGGCAAGCGAACCAAGAAAAGACUCUUGGCUCCAGACAUCAGUCUGAACCUAGAUCACAGUGAGGGCUCUCUGCUUUCUGAUGAGCUGGACGAAAGCUCAGAGUUAGACCUUGAUGGCAUGGACACACCCUCAGACAACAGCAACGAGUUUGAGUGGGAAGAUGAUCUCCCGAAGCCCAAGAGCACGGACCUGUUGCAGAAAGGCAUGGAGUCGGUGAAGGAGUACUCUGCUUCCGACGAGCGGGAUGAGGGGCGUCGCUGGAGGGUCUUCCGCAUCGGGGAGCAGGAGCACAGGGUAGAUAUGAAGGCCAUCGAGUCCUACAAACGCGUCAUUAGCCACGGAGGUUACUAUGGAGAUGGACUGAAUGCUAUCAUCGUGUUUUCAGUUUGCUUUAUGCCCGAAAGCAAUCAGCCAAACUAUAGAUACAUCAUGGACAAUCUCUUCAAGUAUGUGAUAGGCACUCUGGAGCUGCUGGUGGCGGAGAACUACAUGAUUGUGUACUUGAACGGCGCCACGUCUCGCCGAAGAAUGCCCAGUGUGGGCUGGCUCAGGAAGUGCUAUCAGCAGAUAGACCGGAGGCUGAGGAAGAAUCUGAAAUCUUUGAUAAUCGUCCAUCCGUCUUGGUUCAUUCGCACUCUCCUGACCCUCACAAAACCUUUUAUAAGCUCCAAAUUUAGCCAGAAGAUUAAAUUUGUAUACACUCUGACCGAGCUUGCUGAGCUAGUGCCCAUGGAGUAUGUGUCAAUACCAGAAUGCAUCAAGCAGUUUGAUGAAGAAAAAAAUAGGAAAUCGCGUAAAAGGAUUGACCAGGACAUGCAUGGAAAAGAGGAGAUGGGAACUGCAGCAGUGCCAGAGUGAAGCUGAAAAUGCCGAUGUGGAGCAGGGAGUGGUGUGGGGGUGUGUCUGGAAAAUGUUGGUGCCUUUUUAUCAUUCAGUUGCCUGUUACAUGUUGGAACUUUUUAUGCUUUAUUGUAUUAAUGUGCCAAACCUUGGAUAAAAUCGCAAUGCUGUGCUUCAAGCAUUUUUAUAUACUUUCAUGUGUGAACUCAGAGUGACUUGUCAUACUUUGUCAAAAAUUCCCUUUGUCUUGCGUUCAUAUUUAAGGCACUCUGGUUUCAAGAUAGGUGGCGCAUGUUCUACAACAUUACAUUUAAAUAUAUAUUUAUAUUCAAAUGGUGAUAAAGGAGAGAGAUUAAUAUAUAUAUAUUUUUGCUUCAGACAGUCCUGUUGGGUUUUACAUUUGCUUACUGAAAUCUCACAGUAUGCCUGUUACAGUUUACUGCUGAAUACAAUGUUUGAAUCUUGUAUGAGGAAAAGCUUGAAUGUUGUGCUUCUAUUCACCGAAUGCAAACACUUGGAGAAAUGGAUCAAAUUUACUGGAGGUUUUGGUCACAGAUUGUACUGAAUCAUAUCAAUUGAUUUUUGUAGUUCACAUUUGUCAAAAGGUUUGGGAAGGGGCUCUUGUAUGUUAUAUUUCUUGCAAGUAAACUUCCACUCAAAAAAUAUUGUCGUCUUUGUUGGAAAUAUCGAUAAGUACUGUUACCACGUAUGUUACUUUCUGACAAGAAGUGAUGUGAACCUUUCAGUUGCUUUGAGCUAAGUAAUUGAGUCAUUCCAUUACAUAAUUAAUUAAGGAUAAUUUUUAAAUUCUUAAACAGAGAAAAUAAGCUCUAACCUGUUUCUAUCAGGGGUAUGUAAUUGUUUUCCCAGUAGUUAUUUCAGUAGUGUGUUGGUGAACCAUGGGGUUUUUCAAGAACUGUCCACCGGGGGGCAUCAUCUCUGCAGUUUUGCAUUAAGCAGAUUCUACUGCAAAUAAUUGGUGAUUCUGCUGGCUGGAGUGCUUUGUCCCCUGUUCUUGUUUUAAGUUCAGGAAAAGACUGGUGUGUGGUAAGACGUGAGAUGGAUAUCUGCAGCAAUGGAAUAACUCCUUGUCACGGUUUAAGUCAUUCUUUAUUUGCAAAUGCUUUUUCCUCAAAUGUCUCAUAUCUACUCAGUUGUUUAGUAAAAAAAAAAAAGUACUGCACUGUGAUUAUCCAACAGUCACAGGUUGUGUUGCUCUUGUAAUUGGAUUAGACCAGUGAAUUUGAGGAAAGACCUUUCAACACUGUCAUUGUAAGUGUAAUAACAUAAUAAAAAAAUAUUUCAUUGGCAGCAUUUAACAAAUGCUCUUAACCAGAUAGGUACAGUAUUUAUCAGUACUUCAGUACAUGUGGUUCCUUGGGAAGGCUCAUGGUGGUGGUAGCACUUUACACUGCCACAUGAGCUAUAGUUCCCUUGACCUGAUAUACCCAGAAGUCAAAUUCUUGUAGCUCUGUGCUUAAGACUGUUACACAUGCAAGUCAGAUCUAAUGUGAAAUAUUGCAACCCCAUAUUGACAUGUUGGCUUUUAGAAAUGUAUGUGGGAACAAUGAAAUGAUUAAAGCUUUACAUGCAGCAAGGA